CUCUGCAAAAAUGGCACCUCCUUCUCUCUGCUUCUCCAUCGUCUUCAUCGCUCUCUUCCUCUCUGCAAUGGCUGGCGACUCUCACGACAAAUGCGUGUACACCUUCUAUGUGAGGACAGGUUCAAUACUGAAGGGCGGGACGGACUCCAAAAUCAGCAUCACCCUCGGCGAUUCAUUCGGCCAAUCGGUGUCGAUUUCAGAUCUGGAAUCGUGGGGGCUGAUGGGACCCGGCCACGACUAUUUCGAACGUGACAGCGUCGACGUAUUCAGCGGAAGAGGCGCGUGCAUCGACGCGCCGGUGUGUCGACUGAACUUGACCUCCGACGGUUCGGGCCCACACCACGGGUGGUACUGUGACUACGUGGAGGUCACGUCGACGGGGCCGCACAGAGCGUGCUCCCAGACGGCGUUUUACGUGGACCAGUGGCUGGCGACGGACGUGCCGCCGUUUCAGCUGACGACAAUUCUGGACGGGUGCGAGGAUUGGGUCCGUGGACAUGGACCGUCGAAGCAUAUGAAUAGCAGAAGGCUGGUGGUCUCCAGUUCCAAAAAGGCUGCUUCAUCGUAACGGAAUGGAUUCGGAAGAACGUUGAAGAAUCUUCGUAAAUCGUGAGUACCAUCGUACUUUUUUUUUUUCCUCUGAAGUGAUGCUGCUUAAUUAUUAAUUGAAUAAUGAGAGCAUUUUUUUGUGUCAUUUUCCGAAUUUCCAGGCUUUUUUCUCUUCUUGGACGUGAGAUGUAAAUUUCUUUCUUUGGCUAAAAUAUAUAAAUAUAUUUUGAGAAUA